AAGGCAAAGCGCUGGCCCCCUGAACUCUGAACCCAUCUGAACUCCUACACCACACAUUCAGAUCCGAAGAAGUCUCUCUCCAAGUCUCUCUCCAGAUCGCACACUCUACAAUCAACGCCCUCAGACGUAACACACAACACACUUCAUCACCAUCCACAACAAGCAAGAUGUUCUGGUAUCCGUGGUACCCUAUCCAGGAGCCUUAUCUCCUUGUCGAGUAUCUUGUCAGGAUCGCCGUUAUGCUCAUCUUGGUCUUCCUCCCAACCAUCGUCCGAUCGGCAUUCCGACCUGUCCUGGCCGUGUUCGAUUAUGAGACCGGGCGUUGGUUCAUCCAGGCUUUGGACCAGGGGCGAAUGUCAGCUCUCUCCACAAUCCAGCGCGUCCUUGCCUUCGCCAGGCAAAAGGGUCGCAAGAUAUCUAUCUGCGUUAUCCCCGUUCUGGCUCUCACGCUCAUCGCCGAGUGCCACGCGGCACCCAUCGAAAUCAACGCCGCGUCCAAUCCGGACCUUCUCAGCGCCAUUGCGGCAAUCAACGCCACAGUCAGCCGUGCCAGUGCGCAGGGCGUCAUCCAGGACUCAGGAAUCCUGGACGACAUCGAACGGCUCUUAAACAUCAUCGGAGACCACGUCGAACGCAUCCGUGGCCCAUACGUCGGCAAUUCAACCAACAACGCCACCACAUUCACGACCACCAACACGACUGCAUCCUCGACGGUGCCGGUUGCCAUCGGCACCGGCACCAAGACCACGAACAACAAAGCGGCUUCCACCACCAUCACGAACCCGCCUUCCUUCGCAGACAUCUUCGGCAGCGCGCACGGGUCCCUCUCGGACAAGAAUAUCACGGUCAACUGCAAGGGAAUCAGCGUCUGCAACCCGGUCACCGUUGUCAGCGACCAGAACACUACUCGCACUGAAACCUCAAUUGGAAAUGGAAGGGGGGGCAGGAAGGGUUUCAGGAGGAGGAUUGGGUGAAAACGAGAACUUCUCCAGGAGGGCAGGGAUGAGUUUUGGAUAUUUAAUCAGGGAGUUUUAGAUAGCUGAUCAAAGACCAAAUGG